GUGGGUAUUUAUAAUGCCACCGUCUCCGCCACCCCCGGAGUGAAGCAAUGAGAAAAUAAUUAAGUUCUUGGAACUGUACGCAACUGAGCGAGUGAUAUGGGAUCCAUCUGAUAAAAGUCAUAAGUUAAAACAUAAAGUACACGAUGCUUGGAAUCGCAUCAGCAAUAGAUUGGAUAAUACUCCAAUAGAGGACUUAAAAUCGAAGAAGAAAUCCCUUAUGGCCACGUUUCGACCUCUAUUAAAGAAAAAAAAAGCUUCCAUUCGUUCUGGAGCAGGUGCUGACGAUGUGUUCCAGCCAAUAUGGUUUGCUUUCGAAAUUAUGGAGAGCUUUUUGGGAUCGCUUUAUGACGUUGCGGAGACUAUAAACACGGAAGACACGACUUUACAUAGUGAAGAUAUGCCAGCCCCACCUCAAGCGCCAAUUCAGCCUCAACAAGCUGUCGAAAUACCACUUUCAUCGCCAUCACAGUCAAUCUCAUCGCGACCACACACCAAACCAAUCAAAACCAAUAAAAAAGCAAGCCUCAAUACAGAUGAAGCACAAAAUAAAAUAUCUGAAAGUUUGGACACUCUGAACCAUGUAUUAAGAGAAAAAAGAAAUUAUGUGAAUGAUGAAGAUGAGUGCGAUAUAUAUGUGAAACUUUUAGCAAAAAGGUUACGAAAAUAUCCGGAGUCAAUGCAACAAAUAGUCAUGUACCGAUGGCUUGCUUUUAGAAAUUCCUUGUCCCGUUGAACGACCAUCAAGUGCCUACUCAUCUCAAUCGUCGCAAUCACAACUUUCCGAUUGCCAAAUGUUAACACAGUCUCAAAUGCAUUCUCCACAACUUUAUGCCAUGCAACCAUCACGAUCUGUGAAUUCUCCAGUACCGAUCAGUAUCCCGGAAACAAAUUGAUAAUAUCAUUGCAAAAGCAUAGAUACUGGAACGCUUCCCAAAUGUAGGAAAUUGUAUUAAGUUAUGUGUCUAAUGAAUACUGUUCUUUUAUUAGACAUUAAAUACAUAUUUUGUGAUUAGAUUCCUACUUUUAUUACUUACCUUAAUU